GUGUAGUUCAUGCGGAUAAAAAUGUGAAGACGUGCUACAAUCCAGUGGAAAGGACGUCACCGUAGUUCCCUGUCCCUGCAUGAUCCUCGGGCUUCGAUAAACACGCAGCUAUGCGCACAGUGGAGGUGAUGUGUUAUGUCAUGCUUCUAGCUUGUCAUUUUAUGAACUGUCAGUUUUCAGGGACCGGGACAGUGCUUUAGCUCUAUAGCAGCAGAAGCUAGCACUAUCAUCACCAGAGAGAGUGCAUUACAGCUGGCUCUGGCUAACGGCACAGCUGUUGUCCGCAACUCGGACAAACUGCGCCCACUCCGGGGCUUUAUCCCGUUUGAGGAGCAGCCAAGGUCUACGAGGAGAAAUGAACGAGUUGGUUAAAAGUUUGCCUUCUCCUACUCUGCCGGGCAUCCACAUGCCGUGCGCGGACACAUACAAAGGCUGGCUGUUCAAAUGGACCAACUACCUGAAGGGCUACCAGCGGCGAUGGUUUGUCCUCAGCAACGGCCUGCUGUCCUACUACAGAACUCAGGCCGAAAUGGCACACACCUGUCGUGGGACAAUUCCCUUGGCAACCGCUCACAUUGAAGUGGGAGAUACCUGCCACUUUGUUUUGACGAGUGGAGGCAGGAACUACCACCUUAAAGCCACCUCGGAAGGGGAGUGUCAGCGUUGGGUGUCUGCCCUGCAGCAGGCCAAAGCUAAUGCAACCCUGAUGAUGCAGCACUCAGAUGAUUCAGGAGAUGAAGGUCCCGGGCCACAGGAGGACCGCCCUAUAAACCAGGGGGUGCUAAAGACAUUGGCCACCAAACUGGAUGACCUGAGCACCUGUAAUGAGCUCAUAGGGAAGCACGGUGCCGCCCUGCAACGCUCUCUCAGUGAACUUGAGGACCUGCGUGGGACAGCCGAUAGCACGGACAGAGUCAAAACUGUUAAUGAGCGGGCGACUCUCUUCCGCAUAACCUCCAAUGCUAUGAUUAAUGCCUGUCAGGAUUUUGUGGAUGUAGCUGAAUCGCACAAUCGGAGGUGGCAAAAGGCUUUGCAGUAUGAGAGGGAACAGCGCCACCAUCUGGAGGAAACCAUCGAGCAACUGGCCAAGCAGCACAACAGCUUAGAGAGAGCGUGGAGGGAGAACCCAGCUUCAUACUCAGGUGUGGAGAGGUCUCAGCACGGGGAUGACAGUGAUGAGAAUGAGGAGGCAGAGUUUUUUGAUGCCAUGGAGGACUCCCCUGCAUUCAUAACUGUGGCUGCAACUGGCAGCAUACAGCACAAACGCUCAGGGAGCAACCAAAGUAUGAGUGGAGGAAUGCCCAAUGACUGGAUGCACAAUGAAAAUGAUACCUCAGUCACCAAUCAUAGAAGAACAAGACGCUGUCAUAUCCCAGACAAACCAAAUUACUCUCUGAACCUAUGGUCCAUUAUGAAAAACUGCAUUGGCAAAGACUUAUCAAGGAUACCCAUGCCUGUAAAUUUUAAUGAACCACUGUCGAUGCUGCAGCGACUAACAGAAGAUUUGGAGUACAGUGAGCUGCUGGACCGGGCUGCGCGCUGUGACUCUUCUCUGGAGCAGAUGUGUCUGGUUGCUGCCUUCUCAGUGUCGUCCUACUCCACCACAGUGCACCGGACAGCCAAGCCUUUCAACCCUCUGCUCGGCGAGACCUAUGAGCUUGAUCGUCUGGAAGAGUUUGGUUAUCGCUCCAUCUGCGAGCAGGUCAGUCAUCACCCACCAGCUGCUGCUCUCCAUGUGUCGUCUCAGCGAGGAUGGUCCCUAUGGCAACAUAUCACCAUCGACAGCAAGUUUCGUGGAAAGUACAUUUCUGUCAUGCCUUUAGGAAAUAUUCACCUACAUUUCCAUGCAAGUGGCAAUCACUAUGUGUGGAGUAAAGUGACCUCAACAGUGCACAACAUUAUUGUAGGGAAGCUUUGGAUUGAUCAGUCUGGAGACAUUGAAAUAGUCAACACAACAAGUAAGGAUACCUGCCGCCUUAAAUUCUCUCCCUACAGCUAUUUCUCCAGAGAAGUCCCCCGCAAAGUUACAGGUGUGGUUGAGGACAGAGAAGGCACAGGCCAUUAUAUCCUGACUGGAACCUGGGAUGACAAAAUGGAAUGUUCCAAAGUAGUGGAUAGCAGUGAAGGAUGUGGAGGAUCAGAGGGCAAGCAGAAGACAGUUUAUCAAACUCUUCAGCCCAAACUCUUGUGGAAGAAAUAUCCUCUCCCGAAUAAUGCAGAAAACAUGUACUAUUUCUCUUCCCUGGCUCUGACCCUGAAUGAACCUGAGGAGGAUGUGGCACCUACAGAUAGUCGCCUGCGCCCGGACCAGCGACUCAUGGAGGCAGGUCUGUGGGACGAAGCAAACACCCAGAAGCAGCGUCUAGAAGAACGGCAGCGACUGGAGAGGAAAAAACGAGAAGCACAAGCCAACCAGGCCUUGGAUGAUGGCCAAGAUGUGGAGGGUUACCACCCACUUUGGUUUGAGAAGAGAACGGAUGAAACAACCGGGGAAAUCACCUACACCUAUAGAGGAGGUUACUGGGAAGCAAAAGAGAGACAGGAUUGGAGCCAGUGCCCAGAAAUCUUUUAGAGGAUGUGCUACUCCAUACGUAAUUUCUAGACCUGUAAAUAGACCUCUCUCAGCUCUUUCAGGAAGCCCAGGAGGAACAUCUCAGAUAAACCUCUUUUACAGCAGUUUUUGAGGAAUGCAUGGCUUUUAAUGGUUAUUUUGCAAUGUAGCAGAUUCAUAGAACUAUCAGGACAUCAACAGGACAAAAAAAACAUUUUUGAGAAACCUAUACAACAUUUUCGUAAUUAACUUCCCUAAAUUGUGCAGUCGAGAUUUCUAGGAAACAAGGUACAUGUCAAAUAAGUUGAAUAGGGUGUUGAGAUUUCUAGGAAACAAGGUACAUGUCAAAUAAGUUGAAUAGGGUGUUUUCCAAUAGAUUUCUGGUUGACUUUGGACACCCACACAAUCCAUUAAUUUUGCAAAAUGAUCUGAUUGAGAUCGACACUGCCUUUCAUUUUGUGACACGUCAUUAAAUGCAACACUAAAACUAAGAGAAACAUUAUGUCUACCUAAUUUCUAAAACAAGUCUUAUUGGUGCUAAACUAGCCUGAUCGUGCAAAUACAAUAUUUGAAUCAAACCCCACUUUUUAAACAGAAGGUUUACAGGUUUUACUUAUAGUUUUGGGCAUUUAAAUAUUUUAUUCACAAUUCAGAUAUGUCUGAAUUGGCAUAAUAGCACAGCAACUUUUCUGCACAUGGUAGUUAGAGUACUCAUGAAUUCAUAUUAAUGAUGCAAUGUGAAAAAAAUAAGCAUUCAUCAUUCAAUAAAGUUGGAAAUGUUAUGUAAUUAAAAUAGUAGCUGUAAAUUAGUUGAGAGUAGCCAAAGAAUACUUAAGAUAAGUUCAGUGAUACUAUUAGGUCAUGAUGUACAAAUAGGGAUUCUUAGAGGGAAAUUCAUGUCCUGUAUAUUGCAGAAUUAUUUACAAAAUCACAAAAAUAUUGUUUUAUAUAUCUUGAGUAAUGAUCUUCAGGUUAUUUAUGUGUAAAGAAUAAUCCUAAAUGCAGCUGCAUACUGUUAAGGGGAAGUGUAUUUAAUAUCAAAUCAAUCCAAAGUUUACUUAUGCAAAGUUAUAGUAGAGCACAUACUGCAGGCUUUGUUCCUUAAAGUUUCCAUGAGAACAUACAGGUCGUUGCAUGAACUGUAGUGACUAGCCUCUUCACCUAUAUAAUACUCUAUAGGCACAUACUGAAAUCAUAUGAAUUCACCUUUUGUGCCCUAUGCCCACAGAAAUGUGACAGUAUAACUCAAAUAAAGUUGUGAAUGUGCUUGG